CGUUGCAGCACAUUGGUGGGAGAAUGGCAUGGCAAUAUCAGAAAUAUCUCUGAGUAGUAUUUUAAAACUUGUGCUGUUUUACAUUUCUCGCUUUUAAUCUUUAUCAAUAAAAUGAACAUGAGGUUUUAGGAAAGGCGUGUAGCUAAUACGGUCUGAGGUCAGUCUGAUGUUGGACAGGUAUACGGGGCAGGAUGCAGGAGAAGCGAAACAUUCGCAUCAUCGAGUGGGAGGACCUGGACAAGAGGAAGUUCUACUCCUUCGGCGUGUUCAUGACCAUGACGAUCCGGGCGUCCCUGUACCCCGCCACGCUGAUCCGCACACGGCUGCAGGUGCAGAGGGGCAAGUCGCUCUACAACGGGACGUUUGAUGCCUUCUUCAAGAUCCUGCGGGCCGAGGGCGUGCGCGGCCUGUACCGCGGCUUCAUGGUCAACACCUUCACUCUGAUCUCAGGUCAGGCCUACAUCACCACCUAUGAGCUCGUCAGGAAAUACGUGUCCAAUUACUCCUCGAGCAACACACUGAAGUCGCUGGUGGCCGGCGGGUCGGCGUCGCUGGUGGCGCAGAGCAUCACAGUGCCCAUCGAUGUGGUGGCACAGCAGCUGAUGAUGCAGGGCCAGGGCCAGCACCUGACCCGCUUUAAAGUCAAGCCCAGGAUGGUGGUGGCAGCCAAGCAGCAUGUGACUUUUGGGCAAACCAGGGAUAUAAUCGUUCAGAUAUUUGCAGCAGAUGGUUUCCGUGGAUUUUACAGAGGGUACAUGGCCUCUCUGCUGACCUACAUCCCCAACAGUGCUGUCUGGUGGCCUUUUUAUCACUUCUAUGCAGAGCAGCUCUCUAAACUGGCUCCCAGUGAGUGCCCUCACCUCAUCUUGCAGGGUGUGGCCGGCCCACUGGCAGCUGCCACUGCCUCCACCCUCACCAACCCCAUGGAUGUAGUCAGAGCCAGAGUGCAGGUGGAGGGCAGGACCUCGAUAAUAGAGACCUUCAAGCAACUCCUGGUGGAGGAAGGCAUCUGGGGGAUGACCAAGGGGCUGUCUGCUCGCAUCAUUUCCUCCACCCCCACUGCUGUGGUCAUGGUGAUGGGUUAUGAGACACUGAAGAAGCUAAGCCUGCGGCCGGAGCUGGUGGACUCUAGGCACUGGUAGAAGAGGUGGGGACAGCUGGUGCCCUGCCCCCCACAGUGACCUCACAUCAUUUCUGUUUUGUUU